AGGGGGCGUGGAAGAGAUCUUGAGCAAGAAGGGGUGGGGUCUGCUGGGGAAAGGUGGGACUGGACUAUUUUUGUCAGGGGGUUACCGCUUAAGCAAAUCUGUGCCACUGUGGAAACAACCUCUACUGAUUCCCCAGGGCUUUUCACAGCUUUUUCGUUGCCUCCAUAACUCAAGCUAUACACUCUUUAAGAACUUCAAGAUUUACCCUUAUUUUUUUAUAUACUAACUUGCACAGACUACCUUGGCAAUACUGUUCUAAGGAGGAGUUUAAAAAAGUCUGGCUUCAAAUUCCAGUUCCUCCACCUACAAACUGGAUGGCCUUGGAGAAGUUAUCUGACUUCAAUUUCCCGACCUCUAAGGAAUGAGGUAAGGUGUAUAAUAACCCCCACCAUACAGUGUUGAUGAAUUAAAUAUUCACGCAUUUAUAAAUAACUUGAAAGAGCACCUAUCCCAAGCAGUGCACAAACAUUAGCUAUUCUUUUUAGUUACAGUAAUUCUAAUUGCAGAAACCUAUGGGAAAACAAUAUACAUAGUUCCGGCACAAAAGUUAAAACCAAAGUGGAAAAGGCAUCCAGCAAGUUCAGCAGCUUUUGCCUCGAGGUGGAAAUGAGAGGAAAAGGCCCCAGAAGAGGCCUUGGGGAAACCUCAACAGAGCAAACCCACAAGGAUGCCUUCCCAGGCAACGCAUUUGGUAAACAAAGAUCUUAACUUUCUAAUUCAGGCUAGUUUUUUUUUUUUCUUUUUAUAUUGUUUCCAAGUCUUUGAUGGAACUUGAGGAAAAGGAAAAGGUCACAAUUACUCGAAAGAACCUAAAAGGACACGAGAGAUGAAACAGUAGGGAGUACUUCUGUAAUAAAUGUUUCCUUGCAAGAGCAGCGAUAAGGGCGGGGUGUCUGUGUAAUGUCUAAUCAACACAGCAGAAGGGUAAGAGGAAAUCUUUGGUAUGCCAAUUCCAAAAGUCGUCACGGGGGAACCAUCUGGAACCAGCUGCACGACAACCCCCACGUCCACCGAAGCCUCAAGGGUCUCCUGGUGGGUCUGCGGGUUUAAACGGACAAAUACCGGUGCCUGUGGGUCUCCCAGGCCACGGAUGAUGGCCCAAGGCCGCACCCUUCCUUCUGUCCGUCUGUCCCUCUCUGCCUCCCCCCGGUGCCCGCCUUCCAGCGCCGCGGCUGUCCACGUCAGGAGCCACGUACACAGGAACAGACAGACUCCAACAGGGCGUGACUGUUCCCCACACUGCGAUCUCCCAAGCGGGGCAUCCCCCAGCCGCCCGGCGCGUUUGCGGAAACCCCGCAGGACCUCAGCCCCCCUGUGGCUUUCCUCAAAGCACCCCGGAAGAACCCUGCCGUUUGAGGGCUAUCAAGGUUUCCCCGUCGCAGGCACGCGCUGGGCUCGCCCCGGGCGAGCGUGGCCCGCGAGCACUGCCCGCGAGCGCACGGCAGCCGCCCAGCAGGCCCCGGCCACGCGGGAGGGGCCUCCGCACCUCCGACGUCCUCCUCCACCCGCCUGCCCCGCACAUCCCUUCUCACUCUCCGCACCGUCCUCGCCCCUCCCCCGCUCCUUCUCCUCCACUGCACACUCGCUCCUCACCCCGUCGCUUCCCCGCCCGGGGCUCGGGAGGCGGCGCCUGGUGAAUCACCGUCACGUGGGCCCCGGGUGCGCAGAGGCGGGCUGCGCCUCGGCGGCUCUGGCGCUCCGCGCCUUAGUGGAAAAUUCCCGGAGACCUACUGGGGCUGCGCGCCGGAGGCCCCGCCCGCCGUCGCUUCCCUCCUCGCUGCCCCCCUGCCCCCGUCUUCCGGCCGCGGCCCGGCCCCGCCACUGCAGAGGUUCCUUUCUCCCCCGGGAGCCGCGCUGCGCAAGCCCCGCCCCUGCAGCCCCCGGGCUGGCGCCGCCCGCGCCGCUCGCCCUCGGGUUGGCAGCCCUCACUUCCUUCGCGCCCCUCCUUGGGGCUCCGAGCCGCGGCGCGGCCUUGCCCCCGACCUUGUGUGUAGCCGGCUGGCAUCCUGAGAAGCCAGGAGCGGCGUCCUGGCGCCUCCGCCUUCGCCGCUGGGGCGCCGCAAGCCCCCUCAGUCCCGCCACCCCAGAUCCGCAUGACACGCCCUCCCCCCACCUCGGGUGGAGUGAAAGACAAAGGGAGAAGCCGGUUCCGAUGGGCGUCUUGUCUUCCACUCAACGCACUGCGUCGUCGCUCAAACAAAGCACGUACUCGGCUCGAUUUUUACUUACCCCUACUUAACCACCAGGCAAAUAAAAGUUAUUUUCCCUUUCCCAUAACAUUCCUCACUUGGUUUUUCCAACCACGAAUGAAAUUUAUUCCUGAGACAGCAACUUUGGAGAGUUCGUUGGCCUCAUCCACCCAGGGGUGACAAAUGGCUACACAAGGACAUUAUUUCACUCAAAAGGGGUGUGUUAUGCGCGUGGUUCAUCUCAAGAAAACAAAUAACGUUUAACGGUUUCAGCGACUGGUUGGUUCUGGACUGUCCUUUUGGGUGGAAGACACUGAAUGGGUUGGGGGGUUGAGAAGUG